GCGUUCGCAUCGGAAAAUCUGAAAAGCUGAAAAGCAUUUAAAAACAAAAAUUCGGCAAGUACAAUUGUUUUUUUUUUCCCCCAAACGGCUAUUUCGUCGCAGGUUAUUAGCUUGCAAAAAUCGUCGCAAUCAACCGCCGUAAUUAUAUUCGUUAUUUCGUUAUUCGAUAAAAAAUACUGGUUACGCAUUUGGUGGAAAACCAAAACAAAAAAUUAAAUUUUAGCUAAUUUUUGUGUUUUAUUCGCGCGUGUGUUUUUGUGUGAGUGAGUGCAGAAAAAAAAAACAAAACUGAAUAGCAAAAAAAGAAAAUAAAUAGAAAACAAAAGCAAAAUCAAAAGCAAAAUAACUGCAAAGUAAGUGUGUGUGUGUGUUAGCAUAUGUUGCACUGUUUUGCAUAGAAAUGCAUUGGCAAUCCAAAAGGUGUAAAUAAUUGAGGCCAUAAACUUGGCCCUUGUGUUUAGCCAAGCUCAACUUUUGCGACUUCGUUUGUUCAGCAGCAACAUGACACUUUUAGCAACAAUGUGCAAAGGCGGACCCAAUAAAUUGCAACUGUUGUCACAACAGGAUCUCAAAUUGGAAUCUCUGAUUAAUGCGAUCGAAACCUGUAAUUACUAAUAAAAGAAUUGAAUUAAGCUCCAGCCAAAAUAAAAAUAAUAAUCAAUAUGGCAGCUGCUGUCUUGGAGGUUAAUGAAAGCAAAUUGGAGUUGGUGUGCGAUGAGUGUGACUAUUAUGGCUCCACUGAUCCGAUAUUCAUUGAUAAUAGCACCCAAACCGAUGGCUAUGAUGAUGAUGAAUCGGAGCUAAAGCCGCUGAAACCCAGAUUGAGUCAAAUCGUUGAGGAGGAAGUGGAAGCGGAAGCGCUGACAAACGAUGAAGUAGAAACGGAAGUGAAUACAAACGGUAUACGAAGCGAUAACAUAGACGAUAGUGAAGGGAUAAAUGGAGAUGAAUCGAAGGAGCCGGAUAAAUUGAUAGAGGAAACUGCGAUUGAAGAGCAGGAAACAGAAAACAUUGCUGAGGUGCCAGUUGAUUCCGAUGAUGAUGAAGAGGAAAUCGAUGAUGUGACCAGGCUAACGAACUUAGCCUUGGGUAUGGGCUAUGCCCGCAUUAUAGACUACGAUAACUUGCGCAUUAUCGAGCAUGUUAUCGAAAGCGACGAUGAGGAGGAUAACGGUGUGGCUGCAGCUGGUACAGCAGCAACAUCAACGGAAUCGCAGCAGGCCUGUCAAGAUUUAGUGACUUUUAUCGGUGAAAGCUAUCAGGUAAUCGAAAGGUCAGGUCACAGCCGUGAACCGACGGUGGUUGACAACAACAACAAUAAUCGCAGCAGUGAAAUAUCCUCAAAUGGCCGUGGCCUCAUCAACGACAGAUCGAAAUCCGGCCGGAAAACGCAAAGCGGAGAGCAGGCAAAUCAAAAAGCAUCAACCAGUGCAUCUGCAACCAGCAGCAAUAGCAACAGCAACAGUAGCAACAGUAACAGCAACAAUAGCAGCAACAGCAACACUAGCAACAACAGUACAACAGCAACAUCUAAUAGCAGCGCCUUGAUAAAAGCCUAUAAGUCGAAUCUUACCCCAUUGGCGCCACCCUUUCAACCAGCCGCAUUGAAGGCCAAGCAGCAGCAACAAACAUCGCUUGCCAGUGGCAACUUGUCGACGGUGACAACGACAACAACCACGGCUCUGGGCUAUGCCGCCUACGAGCAGACGACGGUUUACUAUCAGCAGCAAGUUCAACAGCAGCAGCAGCUGCAGCAGCAACACCUGCAACAGCAACAGUUGUCACCCAAGCAGCAGCAGCAGCAGCAACAGCAACAGCAGCCACAGCCACAGCCACCCUGUGCCCAACAUGGCGGCUUGCCGCAUAUUCAUGGCGCCCAACUGCUGCCCGUGCAGUUGAUUACCUUGCAACCGAAUGGGGUAACAGCAGCAGUUGCUGCAGCAGCUGCAGCGGCGGCGGCAGCAACAGCAGGAGCAACGGCUGGAGCAACUGUGACGGCAGCAACUCCGGCAGCAGCAGCAGCAGCAGCAACGGUUGGUGCGACAGCAACAUCUUUGACUGGCGCCGCUUGGCCACUUGUGGAGGCGCCAAUUUACAUUGACAUCAAUGGCGAAUAUCGCAGCUAUUGCCCGGCACAUGGACCGCCGGCAGUGACAGCCCCAAAUGGCGCCAUUGCCCAUCAUCCCCACAUUCACGCCCAUCUCCACACGCAUUCGCAUGCUCACUCCCAUUCCCAUCACGCACAGCAGCAACAGCAACAUCAGCAGCAGCAGCAACAGCAACAGCAACAGCAGCAGCAGCAGCAACAGCAACAACAGCAACAGCAGCAGCACCUUCAUCAUCACCAUCAGCAACAUGGGCAGCAUCAGCAACAUUUGACGCCAGCGGCUGUGACAAAUGUUAAUGGAAACAUUGCACAGGCUGCAGCGGCAGCAGCCCCUAGAUUGCUCCUGCAACUGGACGCAGCAACUGUCCAGCAGCAGCAGCAGCAACAACAACAGCAACAACAACAACAGCAGCAGCAACAGCAACAAAUCGUGGCCGCUGGCAAGCGUAGCAAAGUUUAUCGAGGUCCCGCCGUUCAGAUGGUCUCCCAGAACCGACCGCCGCCCCCAAUGCCGGUGCCCGUCCAGGUGCCGCAGUACGUCAACGAGAACGGAACGCUGACCCACGUGAUGCUCUCGCCGCAGCAGUACCAGCAGCUGCAUCCUGGCCAGGGACACCUCCAUCCAGCGCCCUUCAUAAGCGCCAAUGGCACUUCGCAUUUUUACACCCCAGUGGCGGGAUAUCCUGGCCCAGGACCUGCUGGAAACGGGCCGCCCCACUACCACUUGCCACCGGCUCCUCCGCCCCAGCAACCACCGCAGCAGCAGGCACCUCAAGGAGCACCUCCUCCACAACAACAACAACAACAGCAGCAGCAGCAGGCAGUCCAACCUUCAGUCCAAGGGGCACCAACUGCAGGAUCUGCAGGAGUAGCAGGCCAACCGCAAGGAGCAGCUCCCACUGGGGCAGCCACCCACUCUCACACCCAUUCGCACUCCCACGCACAUGCCCACUCGCACACACACCCCCAGCCACACCCACAUUCCCCGCACUCGCCCUCGCCGCCCAAUUACCGGGAUGAGCGGAGCCAGCGGCAGCACAACAAGCUGCUCAGGAAGCUGGAGAAGCAGCGGGAGUCAAAUCCUCCGCAUUCGCCAUCUCCGCGCCGUGCCAACGAACUGAAUGGUCACAACAAUAACAACAUUCCUCUGGGCGUCCCACUAACCGCCCACCUGAGCAGCCAACACCACUUGAGCAACCAUCAGGGACGUCGCCUUCCGCAACUUCACCAGAUGCAGAGCCACCAGGUGCCACAGCAGCAGCAGCCACAAUCGCGGAACGGGAACACCCAGAAUCCGCAGAGAACCGGGAGCAGUGUGGGCGGAGCCAGUUCCGUGGGAACGUCCGAGGACGGCGAGGAUAACUCCAGCCUGGCCGGCGAUGAAGAGGAGAGCUACCUAACCUCCAUCAUUGAGCAAAUCUCGGCGAUUGAGAAGCCGGAGGUGAUAGAUGUUACGUCGCGGGCAGCCAAGAUCAUCUGGGAGAGUCCGGCCAUUGCGGAUGCCUUAACCGUCGAUAUGCGACAACUCCGCUACGAAGUGCUCCUCUGUGAUUCCGGAAAACAGUGCAAGUACAAGAGCUUGUACCGCGGAGAAGCCUACGAGUGCAUUGUCCAGGAUCUGCAGCCGGGACAGGAUUACCUGGUUCGCCUACAGGUGCACUAAAAACUCGAGGGAACCGUAAGCGAACCCACGGAGUUCCGCACUCCAGCCUGUGAACCGGAUCAGCCGUUGCCUCCCAAACUGUUUUCCCGGACCAAGAGCUCCAUAAACCUUCGUUGGUCUGCUCCGGCAGCGAACGGGGCCAGCAUACUGCACUAUCUGUUGGAAUACGAUGAGGGCAGGAUGGCGGGCCAAGCGCAAAAGUUUGUCGAGCUGGCCAAGAUCAAGACCAAGCACUAUGUCAUUGGCAAACUGCAACCCACCACGGUGUACAGUUUCCGUUUGGCAGCGGUUAAUGAAGCGGGGCAGAGUCCCUACUCUCCGGUGGCCAGCUACAGCACCUCCGGAAAUCCUCCACCAGUGCCAAAACCUCCUCAACUCCUCGACAGAACCUCGAGCUCCCUGAAACUGGGCUGGGAGCGAAGGGCACAGGAUGGAGACUUCCUGCUGCAGCUGCAGGAUGCCGAGUCGGGCCAUGGCUACCUGAAUACCUACAAGGGUACCGAGCUGCAAACGGAGUGCCUGCAAUUGCGGCGGGCCAGCAGCUAUCAAUUCCGUCUGAGAUCCGAGAACGAAGCGGGCCUAUCGCCCUGGUCUCCCGAAGUUAGCUAUCGCACCUUGGCGGAACGUCCCGGCCGACCGGGCAAGCCCCAUGCCAAGGGAAAGAUUCACGGCACUCAAUUCAAGGCUCGAUGGGAUGCACCCAGCGAUGCUGGCGGUGCCGAGAUCCUUCGCUAUCACUUGGAGCUAAGUGCCGCUGGUCCGGCGUUCGAGAGGAUCUACAGUGGGGCCGAGACAGAGGCCAUGUGCGAACGACUCCAGCCGGGCACCACCUACGCCCUGCGAACCUGUUGCGAAGGUCCGGCGGGUCAGAGUCCCUACUCGGACAUUGGACACGUUACCACGGAGGCGAUACCGCCGUCUGCCCCGCCACCGCCGCACUGCAGUGACGCACCCUCGCCGUACGCCGCCCUCCUGAAGCUCCAGCAUCCGGAGUACAAUGGCGGAGCUCCCGUUUUGGAGUUCGAAGCCCAGAUGCGACGACUGGAGCAGGUUCAGCCACCGCAGCUGGUGUACCGAGGCAAGCAGGCGUACUUUGUGGCGCAGGACCUAGUCCCAGGCGGCAUGUACGAGGCGCAGGUGAGGGCCAUCAACCGCAUCGGAGCCGGCAACUGGUCCCAGUGGAUGAGAUUCACGGCCGCAGCUGCUGCGCCCGGAGCUCCCGAGGAGCUGCGUGUGCUGGUCAAGUCGGCCACCCAUUUGGGUGUCAGUUGGCAGCCGCCGCUGCAGGAGAACGGAGCCCCGGUGACCAGUUACACGCUGAAGAGUGCCAGCCAGGAGCGGAGGGAAGACGACACCGAGCAGGAAGACAAGGAACCGUCCAGCUCCGAGUUCCACAACUGCUACCAGGGACCGCAGACGUGCGCGGAAUUGAGAAACCUCACGCCCUACACCCGCUACCAUUUCCGCGUCCAGGCGAGCAACUCGGCCGGCACAGGAAGUUCCUCCGACGUGAUAAGCGUAUGCACACCGGCCGCGGUGCCAGGCGCUCCGCAGAUGCAGGGCUACGAGUUCACCGCCCAGGCGGUGACCCUCAACUGGACGCAGCCGGCUGCCCACGGCUCGCCCAUCUGCUCCUACAACAUUGAGUACGGCGAGCGGACCAUCGCCACUCCGGAUGCCUGUACACGUUAUACGGUCAAUGGUCUAAUGCCGGAAACCGGCUACAAGUUCCGUGUGCAGGCGGUAAAUGCCAUUGGAGCCGGAGCCUUCAGUGCCUAUGCCAAGCUGACCACCCAGCCGGCUCCGCCGGCGCCACCCCGUCUCGAGUGCAGCGGCGCCGGGCACAACUACAUCAAGCUGAAGUGGGGCGAGAACGGAACUGGCAAGCCAACCAGCGCCAAUCCCUCCGGCAAUGGCGGUGACUUCACCAAGUACUUUGUGGAGAUGUAUGUCGCCCGGGCGAAGCAGUUCCAGGCCGUCUACUCCGGAACGAACUGCAUGUGCAAGGUGCACAAGCUGCAGGAGCGCAGCAGCUAUACCUUCCGGAUCUACGCCCACACGGAUCGCGCCGGCGAUGGCGACUACUCCGAGGAGUACGUGUUCGAGACCUCGGCCACGCUGCCGGCGAACAUCAAGCCGCCGCGAGUUGUCCAAGAGGGUAGCGUCUGCCUGAUGGAGCUGCCCGGCCAGCUGGGCAUGCAACUCACUCUGGAGUGGCAGCACUCGAAGAACUCCUUCCACGAUCGCGUCGAGUACGAGCUGCAAUACGCUGUCCUGGGCGCGGCGGACUUGGAAGGUGAGUCCCUUUCGCCCAAAGGACGAAGCAGCAGUUCCAGUGGCAGUUCGAACGGUGCCCCAGUUAAUUUGGCCAACCAGGACUACAGGCAACUGUACCGCGGCCCGGAGACCAAGUUCCCCAUUGACCUGGCCGCAGGCACUUGCUACCAGUUCCGCGUGUGUCCCGUGCGGAUAGCGUCGGGCGGAGAGCUUCUAUACGGUCAGCCGUCGAGUCCGUUGCGCUAUCAGGUGCCCAGUGACCUGGACCCCAGCUCGGCGACCUGCCACCACCACCUGCACGGCUCGACGGCACCGCCGGCGGUGGCCGCCACUCACCACCAGAGGAGCAGCCGGAAACUGUCCGCCGGCAGUGGAUCGACCAAUGGCCUGCACAUGCGGUCGGUGAGUGCGUCGGCCAUCAGUGGAGCGAGUGGAGUCGGCGCCGAUCCCGUGGCCAUCGGGCGACUGCAGCAGGAGCUGUCCGGUUUCAAUGCGUGCGCAGAUCCCCUGCAUCACCAUCAUCAUCAUCAUCACCAUCACCAUCAGACGUGCGGCGGCGUCGGCGGAGGAGCCGGUGGAAUGGCCGGAUCCACGGACGCGCACCAUCAGCAUCAGCACCACAUGCACCACUCGCAUCACAUGCACCACGCCCACCAUCCGCACACCGGAAUGGGCAUCAGCUCCUCGAGUUCCAGCCCCUCAACGGCGGCGGCCAUCUCCUCCAGUUUGGCCCAGGCGGGCGGACUCAGGCGGAUCGUCGGCAAGCUGACUUCACUGUACUCCAACCGGAGGCGUCUGAGUGACCAACAAAAGGCCGUCUGCAUUGUGGUCUCCUUCCUAGUGGGCACUUUCCUGGUCGCCAUGCUUGUCAACAUGUUGAGGGGCUAAAAAUGAAGUAAAGGCGGGAUAUUAAAGAAAAUAGAAAUUUGCAGGCAAACGACAGGCGUUGAAGUUGAAAACAAAAAGGAAACACUUUAUGUCUCAAAGAAGUGAUUUAAACCAUUAGUUGUAACUAUGUAUUUUUUAUAUGUAUACCGUAACAAAAUCAAACUGUAUAUUGUCUAAUUUUAAAUCAAACAAAACAAGCAGAACAGGAAAUCAAAAAUAGCGAAACGAAAUAAGAAUAGAAGUGAGGUAAAGGGAUGGAAUGAGAUGAGAUGAGGAGAAGGCAGAUCCCCCAUAAUUGUAUUAAAUGUACACAAAACCGCAACAGCAAACAUUCACACAGCUAAAUGUUAAUAAUGGUAUUUACUUAUAAUAUUUGUUGUCACAAAACGAAAGUCUAAUCUCCAUAUGUGCUAUAAACAAAAGAGCAGCCAGCGAACGAUUCGUAAGCCUUUCAGCAGAACCUAAUGGAUCACCUGUUCCGAAUUGCUUUUCAAGCUGUUAAUUUGUGGCUCCCAAGCAUUUGUCCUCCCGGCGGGUAUGUUAAAUUCGUGUAUAUUAUGUGUAGAACUAGCCAGUGGGGCGUGGUCCCGCCCAUGGCGAAUGAUUUUUUUACAAGACUUUUUGUAAAGUGUAUUCCAACAACAAACAAAACGAUUGUAGAUAGCUGGUCAACAAAUUGAACCAACUAAAGACACUCCUAAGUAGCUAAAAGAGUAACCGAAUUGUGAAUGGGGCGGAGGGCAAAUGCAGAACGAAUAAUUAAACGAAAAGUAUGAAUUUAUUAGACUACUAGCUACAAGUAUUCAGUGCUGUAUAAUUGUUUCCCCGAUCGCUCCAAUCUACGCAGAUAUAUAAAUAUAUAUAUACAAAACAUAGAUAUAUGUAAAACAGCAGACGCUUCUUUCAUUCUCACAACCUUUUUAUACGAAUUAUUACACAAUUUAUUAUAAACAUAUUAUAAACGACAAGCAGAAUCGAGAAAACCAAGGCAACCCCAGUUGGGGCUGCUAUAUCCGCUGGCAAUCCAACUGUUGCAUUUCAUAACCAACUAAACAAAUUCGACCCGACUCUUUUCGCAGGCUGUCCCAAGUGGCGAUAGCAGCCCCAACUAGGCAAAGUGAUUUAUAUUCCAAUUAUUAUUAUUUUUCUAAUUAAAUAAAUUAAACUAAAUGUAAUUGUUUCUUUCCAUAGCAUUUAAUGUGAAUUAUACAAAACGGAAUCUUAUCUAAAAAACUACAAAAAUCCAAAAAAAUACACGAAAUAAAACAAAUGUUUGUUCAUGUAAAGCAUAAACAUUUGCUUGAUGCAAAUUAAAAAAAUUAUAUAUAUAUAUAUAUAUAUAUAUAAAUAAAUAAACAAACUUAAAUCGGAAUCAAAUGAUAAAUAAAUGGAAAUUAUGUAUGUUUCUAUGUUUACAACUUAUAAAAUUUAUUUGCAAAAUAUAUAUGAAACAUUUAAAAUAAAUGCGAUAUACAAAUAAUAAAA